AUGGCAGAAACAAUCGUCUCUGUUAUUGCUGAGGAGCUCUUGGAUAAGCUAUCGUCCCUUGCUUCCAAUGAAAUGGGCCUUGCAUGGGGUGUCCAAAAAGAUGCACAAGAGCUUGUUGACACCUUAACCACUAUCAAAGCUGUUCUCUUAGAUGCUGAGGACAAGCAGAUCCAUAGUGAGAAGCUCAAAGUUUGGCUGGGAAAGCUUAAGGAGAUCUGCUAUGAUGCUAAAGAUAUUUUAGACGAGAUUGAGGUAGAAGGUUUGCGUAAACAAGUGGUGAAUAGCCAAAGUAGUACAAGAAAGGUACGCCACUUUUUUUCAUCCUCAAAUCCAAUUGCUUUCCGUUUUACGUUGGGGCAUAAAAUUAAGGAGAUUAAAAAGAGGUUAGCAAAAAUAGCAGUUGAUAAGGAUAAUUUUAAUCUCAUUGAGAAAGUUGAUAGCAAUCAAGUUAUAGGUUGGGAGAGGGAGAGGGAGAGGGAAACUCACUCAUUUGUGCGUGCUUCAGAUGUUAUUGGUAGGGAUAAAGAUAAAGAGAAGAUUAUGAAAUUACUGUUACGUCCAAGUCAUGGCCAUGAAAAUGUUUCUGUCAUUCCUAUUGUUGGAAUAGGAGGCCUAGGAAAAACCGCACUUGGCAAAUUGGUGUACAAUGAUAAAAUAGUGGGUGAAUAUUUUAAGUUGAAAAUAUGGGUAUGUGUGUCAGAUGAGUUUGUUUUGAAAAAACUAUUAAUUGACAUCAUCGAAUCUGUAACUCAGAAAAAAUAUGUUGACAAGAGUAUUGACCAAUUGCAAAAUAUCCUACGUGAUAUCUUAAGCCAUGAAAAAUAUUUGUUAGUUUUGGAUGAUGUUUGGAAUGAAGAUUAUGGGUUGUGGUUUGAAUUAAAAAAUUUAUUGAGGGAAUGUGUUAGUGGAAGUAAAAUUAUCGUAACUACACGCAGUGAUCGUGUUGCCUCAAUUAUGGGCACUGUACCUACAUACAGGUUAGAAGGUCUUUCUCUUGAUGAUUGUUUGUCAGUGUUUGUUAAAUGUGCUUUUAAAGAAGGGAGAGAAAAGCAACAUCCCAACCUUGUGGAAAUUGGAAUAGAAAUUGUAAAAAAAUGUAGAGGUGUUCCAUUGGCAGUAAGAGCGUUAGGAAGUCUACUUUAUUCCUCAACUUCUGAACAAGAUUGGAAAAAUUUGAGGGAUAAUGAGAUUUGGAAGUUGGAUCAAAAUGAAAAUGACAUUUUAAAUGCUUUAAGAAUCAGUUAUAAUCAUCUGCCACCUCACUUGAAACAAUGUUUUCUUUGUUGUUCCCUUUUUCCAAAAGACCAUCAUUUUUAUAGUACUGAAUUGGUUCAGAUUUGGAUGGCCCAUGGGCUUCUUCAAUCCCACAAUGAAAAUCAAGAUUUGGAAAAUAUUGGUAAACAAUAUGUAAGAGAAUUGAUGUUGAGAUCUUUUUUCCAAGAUAUUGUACGACUUCAUGAGAAUUUGUACAUGUUUAAAAUUCAUGAUCUCAUGCAAGAGCUUGCCACAUCAUUGAUGAGAAAUGAGUGCUUAAUAGUGAAAUCCACGAACCAAAUUUGUAUCAAAAGUCAUCGACACUUAUCAUUUCAUUCUGUUGAUGCACCUAUAAUAGAUGUUCCAAACAUUUUACCUAACUGGGCUCAUCUGAGAAGCAUUACUUUUUAUCCAAUUACUAGUGAAAGUACUGCAUUUGAGACAUCUUGA